AUGGAUAGCUACAUACAUAUAUUUACAAUUAUAAUAAUUUGUGGACUACUCGGCAAAUGGGAAGUUGUUGGUCAGACAUGUAAACAGAUAGGAGUUGGGAAGAACAAUGUCAAUAAACGCCUAAUUGGGUUUAAAAUAGCGGAGAAAGUGGUGCCGGGCCUUCAUGACUGCGCUAGAGAAUGCAUGUAUUUAGCACAUUGUAAAUCGUUCAAUUUUGGACAAGAUGAUAAUUUGUGUGAGGUAAACCAUGCUGAUAGUCAUUCAGCAAGUGUUGGCAGUCUCCAAACUGUCCAGCGGUACAUUUUCUCGGACAUAUCUGCCUGGCCAAGGACAAUGGUUGGACCCUGUGCGGAUCAAACAUGCACUGGUACACAGCGGUGUGUACCUGAGAAAGGCUGCAUUGAUACAGAUUGUGAUGACCCACCGGAGAUAGACUAUGCUGUCGUUCAUCCAGGUGCAGUAACUCUUAGUGCAACGCGUACCUAUGAGUUUGAUUGUCCACCUGUUAUGAUGAAAAACGGAACAAAUGAGGUAACAUGCGGUUUGGACUUCAAAUGGUCGCCUUUGUAUACACGUUGUAGGGUACUCCAAAACUGUUCCGACGUGAAAAUGUGCAACCCGACAUACUCGGAUGGAGAAUACUGGAUAUAUCCCGAGGCUAUGGGAGGACACAAGAUCAAAGUUUUUUGUUAUGGAAUGACAACAACGUCCCCGUCUGAAUACAUCACAGGUGAAACGUCGUAUGAUCUAUCUCCUCUAUUUGACAGCUAUAUCUGA